ACAUACAUACACCUUUUCAGCCCCAUUCAAAGCGAAAACAUCACACUUCGUCUCUCACUCCCAAACACAACGCAAGAAUCUUCAGAAAACGAAAUUAGGGUUUCAAAUCGCGGUGAUGGCUUUGUUCAGCCGAGUCAAAUCAGGGAUCUCUCUCUGCAACAAAUUAGGGCUUCUCUCUUCUCAGAGAUCCACUCUUCAAAGCUCUCUCAUUGCUCCUUCCAUUUCCCAGGCCUCAAGAAAUUUUGCUGAUGUGCCGGGGCAAAGGGACCCCAAAAUUAAGGUCCCCAUCGCUAUGUUUGGAGGUUCAGGAAACUAUGCCUCUGCUUUGUAUAUUGCAGCAGUGAAAGCUAAUGCAAUUGAAAAGGUUGAUGCCGAGCUUUCUCAAUUCGUUGAGUCGGUAAAGAAUAGUCCCUUAAUUUCACAGUUUAUAAAGGAUAUAUCUGUGAAAAAGGAUGUCAGAGUAAAAACCAUCCAGGAAAUUGCCAGCGAAGCUAAGUUUUCUGAUGUUACAAAGAGCUUUCUUGUUCUCCUUGCUGAGAAUGGGAGGCUUAAAUACGUAGACACCAUUGCAAAGAGGUUUGCGGAGUUGGCAAUGGCAUAUAAGGGAGAAGUGAAAGCAAUUGUGACCACUGUCCUUCCUCUUCCUGCUGAAGAAGAGAACGCAUUGAAGCAAACUAUCCAGGAAAUGUUAGGGGCUGGGAAAACAGUUAAGCUUGAACAGAAGAUUGAUCCAAGCAUCCUUGGUGGUCUUGUGCUGGAAUUCAACCAAAAGCUCUUUGACAUGUCCAUAAGGACUAGGGCGCAACAGAUGGAGAGGAGCCUCCGAGAACCGGUAAACAUUUCCAUCUAGAAGACACCAAUUUUCUCCUGACAAUCUGUGUCCUCAUCGUCUGAUAAAAGAAAUGUUACAUUAUUGUUUAUUAUAAAUUGUUUGAAUAUUGGCUUUUACGGGAAUGGUAAUCUGCCAUCAUUAUGCAAAUAAAAAGCUACAUUUUCCA